CCCAUUUUACUUCCUUAAAAUCCUGCCAAUAUAAACUCGCACACUGACCUACUUUAGCGACACAGGCACAGAACUUCACACCUAGAAGACUUCUCGAAACUUUUCAAACUUCUGAGCCCGAGGAUGUUGUCGUGUGUGUGUGUACUGCUGCUGGCUGUCUCAGCACUCAGCCAUAUGGAUGAAGCCUUUCUGGAAGCUCAGUGGGAUCAAUGGAAGAUCACACAUCACAGAGAGUACAAUGGUUUGGAUGAAGAAGGGAUCCGCAGAGCCAUCUGGGAGAAGAAUAUGCGAAUGAUUGAGGCUCACAACCAGGAAGCAGCACUGGGCAUGCACUCCUACGAGCUGGAGAUGAACCACCUGGGAGACAUGACAUCUGAGGAGAUGGCGGAGAAAAUGACUGGCCUACUGGUCCCGAUGGAUCAUGAGCGUAGCUUCACCAUGGCAUUUGACGAGUCUGUGUCCAAGCUUCCCAAAUCCGUCGACUACCGCAAGAAGGGCAUGGUGACCCCGGUUAAAAAUCAGGGUUCCUGCGGUUCCUGCUGGGCUUUUAGUUCUGCCGGGGCACUCGAGGGCCAGCUGGCCAAGAAGACGGGUAAGCUCAUCGACCUCAGCCCUCAGAACCUGGUGGACUGCGUCAAGGAAAACGACGGCUGUGGAGGCGGAUAUAUGACCAACGCCUUCAACUAUGUGCAGGAGAAUGGAGGUAUUGACUCUGAGGAAGUCUACCCAUAUGUCGGACAGGACCAGCCUUGCCGUUAUAACUCAUCUGGCAUGGCAGCCCAGUGCAAAGGCUACAAGGAGGUGCCAAAAGGCGAUGAGCGCGCGCUGGCAGUUGCGCUCUUCAAAGUGGGCCCAGUGUCUGUGGGCAUCGACGCCACGCAGCCGUCCUUCCAGUUCUACCACCGAGGCAUUUACCACGACUCCAACUGCAACAAAGAGGACAUCAAUCACGCCGUGCUUGCAGUUGGCUAUGGUGUGAACACCAGAGGAAAGAAGUACUGGAUCGUCAAGAACAGCUGGGGAGAGACCUGGGGCAACAAGGGUUACGUCCUGAUGGCACGCAACCGUGGCAACCUGUGCGGCAUCGCCAACCUCGCCAGCUACCCCAUUAUGUGAACAAAAGACUGCUGAAAAGAAGGGAGGACAAGGAAAACUUACAAAGACUUUGAAACACCACUACAACAAAAUAUCACCUUGUUUGCACUGCAGAGUCUUUCUGAUUCAUUGUGUGAAAACAAGACAGGAGAUGAAAACAUUGCUGGCAAUGUAAGUUCCUCCCUUCCUGUUGGAGAGUCAGUUCCUAUAAAUGCUCUUUUCUUCCUCAUGAUCAUGUGUUCUUUUCCUUUGCUCAAGCACUUUUUUGAAUAAUUCAAAUGCAACUUGUUGUUUUCUAUUAAGAUGAAUAAAAUUUUAAAUUUGAAACUGAAA